AUGGAAAAACAAAUAAGCACACCACGAGGACCCAUCCUCACCAAAGUAGACAACGGUCUCGUCUAUGCAAGAAACAUACAGUAUGCCACUGCCGAUCGCUGGAAGCAACCCGUUCCAUCAAGAUGGACGGAAGUCCGCGACUGCACCAAAAAGGGAGCAAUAUGUCCUCAACACCAAUUCCGAUUCGAGCACGUCCUUGGUGAAAUGCCAUCGAAAGAUCGCGAGUUCUCAGAGGAUUGCCUCAAUGUGACAGUCGUGGCUCCUGAGAAUGCGAAGAACCUCCCGGUGCUUGUAUCUUACCAUGGUGGCGCGAACAUCGCUGGCGGAGCAGAUUUCGACAUUAUGGACAUGAGCGGCUUGGCAAGGUUAGGGUUGGUUACUGUUGCGGUACAAUAUCGAUUGGGAGUUUAUGGCUGUGUGGAGAUCCCAGGCCAUGCGCCCGCGAAUCUACAUGUUUAUGAUCAAAUUGAAGCUUUGAAAUGGACGAAGGAGAAUGCUGCUGCAUUUGGAGGCGACCCGGCGAAUGUGACCAUCAGUGGGCAAUCAGCUGGAGCCUGGGCAGUGUACAAUAUGCUGCUUGCACAGACAGAUGGACUCUUCCAGAAAGCGAUCUUGAUCUCGGCAUCGCUGGACCUCAAGCUGAAGCCUGAGUACGGGGAAGUGGUGAAGAAGAAACUUCCUGGAGACUUGCUUGACAUUCAAGAGAAGUGCUCGCAAGAAAUACCCGGGGCGGAACCUUUCUUGCCCAAUAGGACCAAGGCGCCUUUUCCUGCAGAUCUGGAUAAAAGACUUGGGGAGAGGAAGGAUGUUGAUUUACUCAUCGGAUGGACCGCGGAUGAGGUUAUCCCGUAUCUCCACAUGAUUCCGACGACAAAAGCGAUCAUCUCUUUGCCUCUCAUUGGCGGUGCUCUCGCACACACGCUCGGAAGGCUUGCGUCAAAUCGCGUUUUCAAGAACGGGAGUCGGGAGCUGGCGAGGAAGUGGUCGAAGAAUGGCGGUAGGGUUACCACUUAUGAGUUCCAGUGGUAUCCGAAAGAAAGUCUCUAUGGUGCUUGUCAUUGUAUGGAGAUGCCGUUCAUGUUUGGUGAUUGGGCGAAUUGGGCGGCGGCGCCUUUGGUGACGGGCAAGGGCUCAGAGGAGGUGGUCAACAGACUCGCGCCUAAGUUCAAACAGAUGCUCUUGACGUUCAUCAAAGACGGGCUAAAAGAUGGGAAGCAUUUUGACAUCACUGCAGAUUUUAGUGAGAGAUCGUACCUGUAG